UAAAUAAAAUUGUUGCUUUAUUGCUGAGUAGGCCCAUUCCCUGGCAAGGUCUGGUAAAAAGACGGUUAUAGGAGAUAACAAGGUUAAAAGUAAUCCACCAACCUAAAAAAUGGAAAAGUGAAACAAUUGUAUUCGACGGAGAGGUUGUAGCUUUGUCGUACUCUGCCGAAGUACAUCCUGGAACAUCUGACACAAAGGACAACAUCAGCGCCUGCAGUCACUCAUCAUCCUGAGGCAUACGACAUCCAGCGGAAAAGUGUCCUAUAUGUAGUUGAGAGAACGUCUUGUUUGAACAACUUUCCGCUGGAAGUGAAAAAAGAAACCAUCCAUACCAGUUUUUAAACGUUUAUUUCUUAAUAAGCAUUAGCUUUUUUCAGUUUUUGAUGUUUGUUACGUGUUAUUUUGGCCAAUGGUAGCUGAGGGUGUUAUUUCGGAUCCUGUAGAGUUAAUGUCCAUUUUAGGCAUUCACAUCCAACCAAUCGGGUUCCUGUUGUUGUAUAAAAUACGUCCAUCGGAGCAAUUAAAGGCGUUCUUAUUUUAAUCACCCAUCAAAAAGAUUCAACGAUAGCAAACUUUUCAGUCAAACUGGACCCACUAGUGAUGGACGACAGCGAUUACGGCGUCACGGACUCGCCCAAGCGGGGUCCCACCCUGUCCACGUCGACUUCGAGCUUCGAACCGUUCGACGCCCACGAUCCGAACCUGUCCCGGCUGGCGACCAAAAUGUUCCAGAAGACGGGCGAGUACAUCUCGGCCGAGCUGAGCUCCACCGUGGACGAUUACAAGCUCAUCGAGAACAUGAACCGCGCCAUGAUGGGCAAGGUGGCAGAAAUGAAGCAAAUGUCCGAAUCUAUCGGCGUUAAGAAUCAGGAGCUCAACCGGAAGUACGAGGAGUUGCAACCAUUGCUUCAAAAAAUCGACGAUAUUGAAGCAACUGUAGAUAAGCUGGAAGCCGCUGCCUAUCAGCUGGAUUCGUACACGAUUCGGUUAGAAAAUAAGUUCAAAGCUUUGAAGGCCAAAAAGUAAUUUUAAGUUCUUUCUUAGCAAAUUUGUGAUCGAUGCAUGAGUCAUUACAUUUAUUUAUAAUACAAAACAUUCAAACCAA